CCACGAGGCCCGCUCAAGUUGUUGUCGAAGGGUUUCGUUGGUCAUGGGGACCAAGAAAGGCAAAAAGGCCGUGAAGGCUGGGGAUACUGCGAUGGAGGUGGACGCCGCGGAGGUGCAAGUGCAGCCAGAAGUGGUGAUGAAGAAGGAGGAGAGAGUGGAGACGAAGGUGAAAGCCAAGAGCGAGAUUGAUGAUAUUUUUGGGCAGAAGAAGCGGAAGAAGGUGGAGGGUGAUGAUAUCAAAGCGGUGCAAGUGGCGGCGAAGAAGAAAGAGAAGGAUAACUCCGAAGCUGUGAGACUGAAUUCAAAGGGGGAGCUUGUGAAGCCGAAGAAACCGAAGUCGGCGAAGCCAGUAGUUUCUGCAAAGAGUACGCCAGGGGUUCCAGCGUCGCGGAAGAGAACAGAGGAUGGGUUUGUUGUGUACAGUGAGGAAGAAUUAGGGUUUAACAGGAAGAAUGCGGGUGGAUCUGCGCUGUGCCCCUUCGAUUGUGACUGCUGCUUCUAGUGCUCCUAGAAUUUUAGUGAUUAGUUCGUAGCGCAUUGAUGCUGCCUCCCGCUAGCAUCAGUAUUGUUAGUGAGUACUCUGCCUCCAAUAUUCGGACGUUGUGCUGUUCUAGUUGUUGUGUUAGUCUUAACAGAUGCAUUGCGUUUCAUGUGGCAAAUAAGUGGGACUAAACGUACAGAUAACCAUCAACAGAACCAUGUCGUAGUCUGAAUUUCAACAGCCUGUCCUACCACUUUUUGACACUCGAUGAAGGUUAUGUAUAUGCCAUGGUCGAGGAUGUUUGAUUGAGUGCCAGAAGAGUACUUAAUCCAAUCUUAGAUCUUUCACGAUGAUAUGCGUGUGUAUCCUCACGAA